AUGGAUAGAAUAGAUGUGCACGCUCACUGCGUGCCACCGGCUUAUCGAGAGUGUUGUCUACAGAAUGAUUUUGCAGGAAGAGGAAAGCCAGAUGGCAUGCCGAAAAUCCCUGACUGGGACCCCGAGACGCAUAUCGCAGUGAUGAAAGACCUAGGCAUUUCAAGGUCAAUACUCAGCAUGUCGUCUCCAGGUACUCAUCUAUUUCCCAGCGACGACCAGAAGGCCCGGUCUUUGACAAGAGAGGUGAACGAAUACAUGUCAGAGGUCUGCACCAAGUACAAGCAAUAUUUCCACUUCUUCGCAUCGCUUCCACUUCCAGAUGUUGAAGGCUCUCUCGCUGAGAUCGAUUACGCUAUCGACCACUUGGGUGCUGUGGGAUUUCAGAUUAUGACUAACUCCCAUGGAAUUUACCCUGGAGAUCCGCGAUUCUGUCGUAUCUAUGACAAGCUGAGCGAAAGGAAGACUAUCGUGUUCUUUCACCCUACCAGUUGCAACCUUCAACGGGGAACGGGGUCGGUCGAACACGUGAAUCCCCUUGCUGGAGUUCCCAGUCCGCUCAUGGAGUUCAUGUUCGACACCACUCGAGCCCUUACCAGUCUUUUGACAUCUGGUACAGUUACUCGAUGCCCAGGUAUCAAAUUCUUAAUAUGCCACUGUGGUGCAACCUUCCCACCGAUUGCGGCACGUAUUGCGGAAUUUUCUCAGUUCUUGAUCGAGGACGGAGAACUGAUGACACUCAAAACAAUCAAAAAUCUACUUCAGACUCGCUUCUACAUUGACCUUGCUGGUGUACCAUUUCCAGAUCAAAUCCAUGGUCUCCUCCGACAUAUGGACACCACCAGAUUACUUUACGGGAGUGAUUAUCCAUUCACCCCAGCUCCGCUUGCAAAGUCUUUGGCGAAGAGAUUGGACGACGGGCUGAAGACCGACUUUGGAGCCGAGACGCAAAAGCGCAUUCUAUUGACCAAUGCCCAAGACAUGUUAGACAGACGUUAA